AUGCAAAAUUAUGGCACACAGACCGCCAACUUACAGAUUCAAAUUACUGGUGUCUUUGACCAGACUACCGUCACUGUUUCUGUGCUGUGCAACGUUUGUGGAAAGGAAUUUACGAAGACCGUUACCGUGUACAAAGGAAAGCUGCAGUCUGUUGUCCUCCCACCCUCUAUUGAAAUUAAAGGUAGCAAAGUGUUCCCGAACGUGGUGCGCAUCUCUGCAGACAAAGGCAUCUCGGUGGUCUCUUUGAACUCCAAGCCUCUGAGUACUGAAAUUGCACAACUCUUUCCUAGGAGCCUUUCAGGAACUGAGCAUUAUGUGGUCACCCCAACAGGAGGUCCCACUGGCUCUUUCCCGGAGUUUGCGGUCUUAUCUUAUGAAGGGCCUAAUGUGGUAGACAUCUAUUUGACGACCCAGGUGACCUUCAACAGGAAAACGUACACUGCUGGAAGGAUUCCAGAUACCAGCAUGUACAGCCAGACGUAUAGUGUGAUUGGCCAGGCUAAUUUUCAGAACUUUGCCAUUUUGGUGGUGGAGACUCAGCAGAUCAAUGGGCUGCUAGUAGGAGGCCGGCCCCUACCUACGUUGCAAUGGACUCCGAUUCCUGGCACAGUUUUCUCUUGGGCCUUGUAUCAGUUGCAGGUGGCACUUGUCCCCUACAGAGUGGAACAUCCAAAUUCACCAUUUGGCCUUCUCAUUGUGGGCGUGACCAGCCAGGACAGCUACGGGACUGUUGGUUCUAGUAUGCAAGGUCCUCUCAGCUGCAGCCAUGUCCUGUGUCAAAAGGGCCUUGAAUGCAAGAUGAUCAAUGGUGCGCCGCACUGUGUGCCAACUUCGAACGGUACCUGCUGGAUCUGGGGCGACCCUCACUACAAUACAUUUGAUAAGCACAAGUACGAUUUCCAAGGGACCUGCACCUACACAAUUGCCAAGACGUGCGGCAAUAACUUCAGACUCCCGUCUUUCCACAUCUAUGCUAAGAAUGGAAACAGAGGGAGUAAACGUGUCUCCUAUGUCGAGAUGGUGACCAUUGAGGUUUAUGGAUACACGAUCACAAUCACCAGAUCAGAAAAUAGUUUUGUGAAGGUAAAUGGCAUUCGGGCACAUCUCCCCAUCUACCUAAAUGGUGGCUCUCUCCAGAUCUUCCAAAGUGGAGGUUCUGCUGUAGUGGUCACUGAAUUUCAUCUCCGGGUGUCUUAUGACUGGAACCAACAACUACGCGUCACCGUCAGUAGUGCUUUUCAGGGAAGUCUCUGUGGCCUUUGCGGGAACUAUAAUGACGAACCUGGAGAUGACUUCCAAACUCCAGCAGGAACGAAGGCCCCAGAUGCCAACGCCUUUGGCAAGAGUUGGAAGGUGGAUGUUGGCGACCAAGACACAUGUUGGGAUGAUUGCCAUGGGCCUUGCGUGCCUUGCCAAGCUGAUCAGGCCCAGAAAUACCAGUCUGAGCAAUAUUGUGGUUUAAUAAAGUCUCCCGGUGGUCCCUUCUCUCCUUGCCAUUCUAAAGUGGACCCUGGCUUCUACCUUGAAGGUUGUGUUUACGAUGUUUGCGCCAAUGAAGGACACAGACAAUCGGUAUGUGAUGCCCUGGAGUCUUACGCAGAUGCCUGCCAGAAACAUGGGGUCCAGAUUGGUGAAUGGAGAAAAUUGGCCGGAUGCUUACCGGAGUGUCCUCCCAACAGUCAGUACCAGCAAUGUGGAACAGCCUGCCCAGCCACCUGCCUAGAUGAACAAACUCAACAGCAGCUCCUCUGCCCAGCGGUGUGCGUAGAAGGUUGUCAAUGCCUACCAGGUUAUGUGCUGAGCCAGGGCAAAUGCAUCCCUAAGUCCAGUUGUGGAUGUCGGCAUGAAGGCUACCUCUAUGCGCCCAAUGAGGUUUUCUGGGCCGACGAUAAGUGCACAACGAGAUGUGUGUGCAACCCAGCCACGAAUCGGGUUGAGUGCACCCAACAAGCUUGCAAAUCCUCAGAAAAAUGCCUGGUUAUAAAAGGGGUGAGGGACUGCUACCCUAUUGACUUUGUUAGCUGCCAAAUUCAUGGUGAUCCCCACUACUUGACCUUCGACAAGUAUAAAUUUGAUUUCCAAGGACCCUGCGCCUACGUCCUCACUGAAGUGUGUGAAAAACCCAUGGAUCUGAACUGGUUUGGUGUUUAUGUCCAGAAUGAAUAUCGGGGAAACCGUGCUGUGUCCUGGACCCGGAGUGUACAAAUCAACGUCCACGGCAUUGAGAUCAUAAUCAGUAGACAAUAUCCUGGGAAAGUCUUGGUUGGCGGUAUAUUGACCUGCCUGCCUUAUAAUGCUGUUGGAAACAGAGUCAAGAUAUAUCGGAAAGGCCCCAGUGCUGUGGUCGAAACUGAUUUUGGCCUCACAGUCAGCUUUAAUUGGGACCACCAACUCACAGUCACCGUACCCGGCACAUAUAGAAAUACACUCUGUGGCCUAUGUGGGAAUUUCAACAACAUACCUGCGGAUGACGCUCUUGUGCCCGGAGGGAUCCUCGUUCCCAAAAUCCCCGUGUUUGGUGCUAAAGGCACCAAGGCAGUUGACCCAAGCUGCAAACAAGUCGUAGAUCCCGCCUGCCCUGGAGUGGACAUCUUAGCAAAACAGCAGCGGGCUUCAGGACGGGAAUGUGGUCUCAUCGUAGCCGUCAACGGGCCUUUCAGAGAAUGCCACGGCCAGGUGGAUCAAGAAGCCGCCUUCCAGGACUGCAUCUAUGACUCCUGUUUCCUCAAGGGACGCUACGCCUUUGUCUGCGCAGCCAUCGCCAAUUAUGCCUUGGCCUGCCAAGCUGCUGGCAUCACCAUAUACCCCUGGAGAACUCCAACCUUUUGCCCUCCGCGUUGUUCUGCCAACAGUCACUAUGAACUUUGUGCUAAACAAUGUGACCAGGCUUGUAGCAGCCUCUAUUUCCCAGCUCCUUGCCCCACCAAGUGUCAAGAGAAUUGUGUCUGCAAUGACAACUUCGUUCGGAGUAACGACGCCUGUGUACCGAUGGCGAAGUGUGGCUGCCUCCAUCAAGGGCGCUACUAUCCGGUCUCCGAAGUGUUCUAUCCAACUUGCCAAGAACGUUGUGUCUGCCAGGCUGGUGGCAAAGUGGUGUGUGAAGUGACCCCUUGUGGUCCCAAUGAAGUAUGCCAGCUACAAGAUGGACACCAGAAAUGCUACCCCACUGGAAGUGCCACCUGUUCUCUUGUUGGAGAUCUCUACCUCACUUUUGAUGGGCUGCCCUUCAACUUCCAAGGCACCUGCUCUUACAUCCUAAGCAAGUCGGUGUUUACCGCAAAGGUUGCGAACCUGCCACCUUUUACUGUAGUGGUACAGAAUCAGGUCUCGGGGAAUGGAAACAUCGCAGUGCCCAAGGUGGUCACGGUGGAGACGUUGAACUUUGCACUUUCUCUGUUGCAAGACAAGUGGGGAUAUGCACAGGUAAAUGGCGUACUCCGUCGCCUCCCCGUAAACCUUUUGGAUGGCAAGCUUCGAAUCUAUCAGCAUGGCUUUUAUCAGAUGAUCGAGGCUUUCUUUGGUGUUACGGUGAUCUUUGACCUCUCCUACAAUGUGAGAAUCACUGUUCCCAACAACUACAAGGAUCAGCUGGGUGGCUUAUGUGGAAACUACAACGGACAGCCGCAAGACGAUCUUCAGCUACCAGAUGGCACAGUGGUCUCUGAUGUGGCUGUGUUCACUGCUGCCUGGAAAAUCCAGACCCCUGGCAUCUCCUGCACAGAUGGGUGCUUUGGGGAGAAUUGUCCAAUUUGCACGGAGGCAAAGAAAGAGUUUUUUAAGCAACGCUCCUUCUGUGGGAUCCUUACAGCCACCGAUGGGCCUUUCAGCUCGUGCCAUGGGGUUGUAGUUCCCACGGCCUAUCUAAACCACUGCGUCCUCGAUUUGUGCAUUGGCGGUGGGGACAGACAAAUCUUAUGUGAUAGCAUCCAGAGCUAUGUGGCAGCCUGCCAAGGAGCCAAGGUCACCAUCCAGACUUGGAGGAGCCCAGAAUUCUGUCCAAUAACCUGUCCAGCCAAUAGCCAUUACACCACCUGUUCUAAUAUCUGCGAAGUCACCUGUGCUGGGCUUACGGAUCACCUUCCGUGUCCGGAGACCUGUGUUGAAGGUUGUCAGUGUGAUGAUGGCUUCUUCUCAGACGGCCUCAAAUGCAUCCCCUUGGACGAGUGUGGCUGCUUUGAAAACAACGUAUACUAUCCGCCUAAUGUGCCCACCUUGCAAAAUAAUUGCAAGGAGAAAUGUCUCUGCACUCCAGAAGGGUUCUUCUGUGAAGACCACGCUUGUGCCGCCAAUGAAGACUGUGUGACAAAAGAUGGAGUUAUGCAGUGCCAGAACAUAGAUCCUUGCAAAGUUAAGCUUUGCCGUCCCAAGGAGACAUGUCAGGUUAAGAAUGGACAGGCUGUUUGUGUCCCGGAUUAUACGGGGCACUGUUGGUGCUGGGGGGACCCCCAUUGUCAUACCUUUGAUGGCUACAGCUAUGAUUUCCAAGGCACUUGUUCCUAUGUGCUCGUUCAGUCGACAGGCGUUGAUCAAAGCCUUGUACCUUUCUCUGUGGUGGUAAAGAAUGAAAACCGAGGGGACAACAAAGCGGUCUCCUAUGUCAAACUUGUUAGCUUACGUGUGUAUGAGCAAGUCAUCAGCAUCCAUAAACAAGAAAAUGGCAGAGUCCGGGUUAAUGGUGUGACCUUCAACCUUCCCAUAACUCUUCUGGGAGGUAAAAUCCGGAUCUUCUCCAGUGGCAACUUUGCCAACCUGCAGACCGACUUUGGUUUACUGUUGACCUAUGACUGGAACUGGAAAGUAGACGCCCACCUGUCUAGUAGCUAUUAUGGAAACACCGGGGGACUUUGCGGUAACUUCAAUCAGCUGCCAGGGGAUGAGUUGAGAAGCCCAGAGGAUUUCCUGGUGCCCAAUGUGAUCACCUGGGCUACUUCCUGGAAAGUGGAAGAUGGGGGUCCCCUUUGUUUCCAUGAGUGCAGUGGAAAAUGCCCUACCUGUGAUCAACAACAGCUGGCCAAAUACAAAACAGAUGGGCAUUGUGGGAUAGUCUCCGUCUCAAAUGGACCCUUCCAGGAUUGUCAUGCUGUUCUGGAUCCCAACAUUAUCCUAGACAACUGUGCUUUGGAUGUUUGUAUGAACGGAGGAGACCAUGGCAUUCUGUGCCAAGCUGUGAACUCUUAUGCUGAAGCUUGCCAUACGAAAGGCGUCCGGGUUGGUGACUGGAGAACCCCCAUCAAUUGCCCUCUCCCUUGUCCUGAAAACAGCCACUAUGUGCAGUGUGGAAGUAGAUGUCCAGCCACAUGUUCCUCCCGCAACACGCCCUUGCCUUGCACAUUGGAAUGUGUGGAAACCUGCCAGUGUAACGACGGCUACAUCCUUAGCGUCGACAAAUGUGUGCCCAUUGAAAGCUGUGGUUGCACGCACAAAGGCGUCUACUAUAAACCCGAAGAGGAAUUCUGGAACAAGGACUGCACAUUGCGCUGCAAAUGUGAUUCCAGGUUUGGGGCCGUGGUGUGUUCCCUGGCUGCUUGUCAAACUGGGGAGCAGUGCAAGCUGGUCAACGGAGUCCAAGGGUGCUACUCUAGCGCCUCCACCUGCAUCUCUGCAGGAAACUACCAAUACACCACCUUUGAUGGUUAUGGCUAUAGGUUUGAGGGCCGCUGCAUUUACCAACUGUCUAAAGUCUGCCUUCCCAGGCCUGAUCUCAUACCGUUUGACCUCUCAGCUCAGAACAACGUAGCUCCUGAAGGCCGUGCAGUUAUAUUAAAAGUGUAUGGAAAGAGCAUUAUUAUCCGUACCGACCAGGUGCAGGUGGAUGGCAAUCCAGUAAAUCUGCCCUUCAACUAUGAGGAGAAAAUUAAGGUUCAUUCUGACGGGCACCAAUUUGUCAUUGACACACAGUUUGGCCUGGUGGUCAAACUCUUCAAGGAAAAUCUCAAUGUUGAAACAACCGUGCCCUCAAGCUUUGCAGGACAUCUGUGUGGACUGUGUGGAAACGCCAAUGGAAACUUGGCUGAUGAGACGAUGCAAGAAUAUGGGGAAAACUGGGCGCCUUGUGGUGAAGGUUGCAUCUGUAGACCAGGCUUCAUCUUGAAUGGGAACCUGUGCGUACCACUCCGGGAAUGCGUCUGUGAAUUUGAGGGCGUAUACUACAAGAAAGGAGAGGAAUUCUUCUCCAACGUCUUCUGCCGGAAACAGUGCCGAUGCAUGGAAGAUGGAACAGUUCAGUGUCACGACUUCUGCUCCGACGAGGACGCCUGCAGAGUGGUGAAUGACGUCUCAGUUUGUUUCCCCAGGGAACCAGGCACCUGCUAUGCGCUGGACGGUUGGAAUUAUGUCACCUUUGAUGGCGCGCAAUAUUCGCUGCCGGUUCUUUGCUCCUACAUCCUCGCCCAAAGUGACGAGAGGCACAAGUUCUCCGUUGUCCUCUCAGCUGGAUUCACUGGCAUCGAGGAAGUCAAGAUUCAGGUUUCUGAAUACAAUGUCGUUUUUCAAAGAGGCAAGGCCGGGGAAAUUUUGGUGAGUCUUUUCCACGUCCAAUAG